GGAAUCGUCACCGCCAGAUCGAUGACCACCGCACUUGCCACUUCUUCACUUUCUUACAACGACGAUAUGAAUGAAUAAACCAUAACACGUGCACAGUUCACACGGGGCGAGAUGGCCGUGGAUGAGCCGUCAGCGCAAUUAAAUCAUGAUCUCCGACAUGAGAUCCACACGGCUUUGGCAACCCGCCGUCCGCUCCUGCAUCAUCUCAACGCCGACACCUCCUGGCUCCUUCAGAUCCCGCGGCCGGCGAGCGCGGUGAGGAAGGGUGGCCGAGUCUACUUCAACCUCCUUAUCGACCCGUGGCUGGCCGGCGGACAAAGCGAUGUGGCAAGUUGGUUCUCACAGCAGUUUCACGUGGGGCCGAGUGCCGUGCCCACCAUUGCAGCGCUGGAGGAGCUGGCGCGGGAGAUUGAGAUUCUAGCAUCUGGAUUACAACAGAAUGGCCGUAGCAACGAAGCGUCGCUGGAGAAUGAUCCUCCGCAGACAUUCGUCGACGCGGUCUGUGUGAGCCACGAGUUUACGGAUCACUGCCAUAAAGACACACUACUCGAACUCCACCCCGACACUCCCGUUUUCGCGAUCAAAGAAGCUGCCCGCCUGAUAGGCAGCUGGAAGCAUUUUCGAACGGUCGUGACGGUGGAUUCGUUUGGAGUGAAUAAAAACUCGGAUUGGAGAAGUACGAGCAUUGCUCCGUUGCCGCAGUGGAUCGGUAUCAGCAGACUUUUGCAGACGGGUGAUGUCCUGAAUUAUCACUCGGCGCUCAUGAUCGCCUUCAACAAUCAACAAUCGACGUCAAAUUCGGCGACGGGCAAUGUGAAUGGCCACCACUCCAAGGUUGGACAAGACAUCCCCACUGACGCCAGCGAGUCAGAGGACUGGGCAGAGGCGAUAGUCUACACACCACAUGGCAUCCACAGUGGUGAUCUCAACUUGAUCCCCGGCGCCUCGCCACCCAUUCGCACGCUGGCAUUCCUGCACGGCCUGCACAAUGUCCGCGUCGGCACGAUAGCUGGUCGCACAGCGUUGCAGUCCAAUCUCGGUGCGCACAAUGGCCUCAAAGCGCAGCGUGUCCUCAACGCAAAAUAUUGGAUCGGCACUCAUGACGAGGAAAAGACGGGCGGUGGACUGGUGUCUUGGUUCUUGCAGCGGGACGUCAUCACCCUGCAAGAAGCACUCGAGGCGGAGAGGCAGGCGAGAGCAGAUGUGAAGGAUGUGGCGACGUUGGCGGCAUUCGAGGACACGAACUGGCUAGAGUUGAAGAACGGCGAAAGCAGGGUGCUGAUUUAGAAGGCUGUGUAUGCUGCGGCAUUUUCUGGGUUGGAUGCGUGAUCACGUUUAGGCGUCAUUCACUCCGGCGUGUAUAAGCACAGGGACCACUUCUCCGAAUUCUUCCUUGGGUACCUAUAUCAUGUACAAGGUCAGUUGCCUACUGCGGGUAAAGAGCGAAUAUAAUUGGAACGCCUCGGAAUCCGGCUCCUGUUGCCUGGUGGGUUAAACCCCAUGCGGCCGAGGGAAGCGUCACGGGGUCGCUUGCCUCCUCUCCACCGCCCAACUCCACUCAGCCUUCUCCCCGCGCAUCUCCGCCAAGAUCAACGACGUCUCAAAAUCGCUCACCGAGACUGAUUGGCAUUCCGGAGGAUUGCAGCGCUAGGAACCGGUCGGGCGACACCGUGAACCAAGGGAGAGA